AUGGGGACCAGUCAAAAAUUUCGUUUGCCUAGUACUUUCAGGCGAGAAAAGUCACGUCCUCAGCCACAGAACAGGCCGUCAGAUGGAAAGGAAUCUAAGGCACAACAUAUACUUGGGAUCACAGGGUCUGCUCUCAACACAGCCCGAAACGAGAGCAUAAGCUCUUCGACCACAGCAAGAGUGCCUAGGCUCUCCCUUUCAGAUGCCACGACAGAGUUCGGGUCUGUUACUGCGCCAAUAGACAAUCCGGAGCCUCAUCGAGAUCUGCAUCUGAAGGCAUCCUCCGUGCUGUUGCAUGAAGACUACCGUUUCGCUGCGGAUGGUGCACGUUCGAUCCGGUCUGCUCGGCUCAAAGCUUCGGGCUCCUCCUCCACACUGCACUCGCACUACGACGCCCAGAAGACACCACUCUCCAUCUCACAGCAGACCUCAGACUCAUCCAGGCGUGACUUUGCCCUUCGUAAAGGGUUGCCCGUUGUUGUCCAAUCCACGACUCCUGAUCAAGAUUCGCUACGUCAACUGCGGCUGUUCAGGUCGUCGAAGAAUCGAGAUAAGCCGGAGUUGAGGAAGAUCACUCAACAAGGCCCUCGGUCACCAGUUUCGCCGGCUCGGACGUUAUUUGGCAGUCAGCGGUCGUUAACCCCGUCUGAACAGGGCCCGACCUCCCCUGUAGUCAAGUCCUUACCCCCCGCCAUGGCCCGUAAUCCAGUCCUAUCCCCUCCACGGAGUCAGACGAGGGCCAACAAGUUGGGGCCGUCAAUGGACUCUGCGGCUAGUCGAGCCGAAACAUCCCAGGUUAAAGUCAACAUUAGGCGACCGAAAGUUGGGGUGAAGCAUUGGUUCGAUGGACUGGAGGGUGACAGCAGUGAAGACGAGAGCAUUCACGAGCCGGAACUACAGCCGAGCUUUGUUGUCGGGAUGGAGAUGGCCUUCGAAGACGGCAAGAUAGGGCCUGUGUCAGAGGACUCGAGCCAGAAGGCUCCCUCCAUGUCAGAGAAUUCGGGUCAGGGUGCAGGGUCUAUGCCUUUGAAAGCGUCUGCUCCCCGCCAUGCGCUUCCUAGUUCAGCAAUUCCCCCCCGGACCUCAACUCUCAAUGCGAAGUCAUCCAGGCCAACCAUCCGUCGCAAUGCUUUGCACCAGGUUUCUCUGCCGCCGUCAAAGCCAAAGCCAAGCUCGCUGGCUUCGACCGAUCUUCACCAGACCAGUGUUCUUGACCUGUCUUCAUCGGAGGAUGAUGAACCUCAACCUGCCAGGCCCCAUCCUACCGAGAGGCCCUUGCCUCAGUUGCGCGACAGUAUAGCUGUGGAGUCACUCAUGGAGUCCGAAAUCGAGAUCGGGACGGCUCAGGCCAUUGACACGAAACAGACCUCUUCGGUGCAGGCGACGCCCAGUUUACGGCGAGUGUACGGCAGUCAAGCGAGGCGCCACGCACGACCGUCCAUGAACCGACACAGUACGGUAAAUGGCCAACGACUGACAUAUUUCAGCGAUCGAUCGUCGGAACCAGCAGUGGAAGAUAAUGACUUACUCACUUCAUUUCCCGCAACACCUACUGACCCACCUUGUUCACACCGUACAUCUUUCCAGGGCUCUUUUCGAUCUGAUACUGCCAGCAUAGAGAGCAGGAGGCUCAUCAGUGUCACUCGGCAGGAGGAGUCUCUUUUGGCCGCUAUGAGGUUGAGGAAACUGGCUUCCAGCAAGUCGAACGGCAGCUCAGCCAGUCGCCAAAAGCAGAUUGUCGGCGACCAGGAGCAGAGGAGACCAGGACGGCACUAUCAAACGACAAGGAGUCCAGUUGGACAGGAAAUCUCGGCUCUGGCUCCGACAAGAAAGGUGGAUGUUGCGCCGUCCAUCUCUUCUGCAAACUUCGACCGAGACUCCUUCACGACUUUCCAGACUGGCAUGUCAAACGACCCGAGCGUACGAUUUUCGUUUACCAGUUUUCAAACAGAUACCUCUUUGGAUCCUGAGACCGAAAGGUCUCUAUCGCUAGGCAUGACUUCGCCCAUGUUGCUGGCACACUCGCGGAGCGUCCAUCGCAUGAGUCGUGCGACGUUCUUUUCCACAUCGACUAGCGACUCCAGAGAUGGCUCCUGCAGCCGACGAGAGACUAGAUAUCUGUCGAAUCUAGAGAAGCUUCAGACCAUGCCAAAGAGGGAGGAGAUCUCGUCUCAGGAUUUUAUCGACUUCCCCUAUCAUGGAUGGGAAGCCAAGUCAAGACUGGCGGCGGCGGCAGCAGCGGCAGAUUAA